ACCAGUCUCCGCCUUUCCUUUCUUUCUUGUGAUAUCGAGAGCCAGAUCACAAGGAUCUGACGUACCUCUCCUUUCUUUCUACCGAGAUUCUCGCUAUCUUUCUGUUUGUAAAGUGAUACACUACAGUUGGAGAGAGAAGAAACAGAGAUGGUGAAGGGGAGGGGGAAUAAUGGUGUCGGGAAGAAGAUCACAGUUGGUGUUUGUGUUAUGGAAAAGAAGGUGAAAUGCGGCCCCGAGGUUUUCUCCGCUCCGAUGGGGCAAAUUUUAGACAGGCUGCAAGCGUUUGGUGAAUUUGAGAUUAUCCAUUUUGGGGACAAAGUUAUCCUGGAGGAUCCGAUAGAGAGGUGGCCAAUAUGUGAUUGUUUGAUUGCUUUCCAUUCGUCUGGAUAUCCACUUGAAAAGGCUGAAGCAUAUGCCGCACUGAGGAAACCUUUCCUUGUGAAUGAGUUGGAACCCCAACACCUUCUUCAUGACCGGAGGAAAGUAUAUGAGUGUCUUGAAAUGUACGGAAUUCCUGUUCCAAGAUAUGCAUUAGUAAAUAGGGAUAAACCCUAUCAAGAGUUGGAGUAUUUUGUUGAGGAAGAAGAUUUUGUUGAGGUUCAUGGGCAGAGAUUUUGGAAGCCUUUUGUGGAGAAGCCCGUUCAUGGUGAUGAUCACAGAAUAAUGAUAUAUUACCCCAGUGCAGCAGGGGGUGGCAUGAAAGAAUUGUUUCGAAAGGUUGGAAACAGAUCAAGCGAGUUUCAUCCAGAGGUCAGAAGAGUGAGGCGUGAAGGUUCUUAUAUAUACGAGGAAUUUAUGCCAACUGGAGGAACAGAUGUCAAGGUGUAUACAGUUGGGCCCGAAUAUGCACACGCUGAGGCAAGGAAGUCUCCAGUUGUUGAUGGUGUAGUUAUGAGAAAUCCAGAUGGCAAAGAAGUCAGGUAUCCAGUGCUUCUUACUCCAAAUGAGAAACAAAUGGCAAGAGAAGUUUGCAUUGCAUUUAGGCAAGGGGUCUGUGGGUUUGAUCUCUUGCGCUGUGAAGGCCGUUCAUACGUUUGUGAUGUGAAUGGAUGGAGCUUUGUCAAAAACUCCUACAAAUAUUAUGAUGAUGCUGCUUGUGUGUUGAGGAAGAUGUUUUUAGAUGCAAAAGCUCCCCAUCUUUCAACAACAAUUCCACCAAUUUUGCCUUGGAAGGUCAAUGAACCAGCUCAGCCUUCUGAGGGGCUAACACGUCAGGGAAGUGGGAUCAUUGGCUCAUUUGGUCAGGCCGAGGAGCUACGUUGUGUGAUUGCUAUUAUUCGUCAUGGUGAUAGAACUCCAAAGCAAAAGGUGAAGUUGAAGGUCACUGAGGAAAAAUUGUUGAAUUUAAUGCUAAAAUACAAUGGCGGCCGACCAAGAGCUGAGACAAAACUCAAAAGUGCAGUCCAAUUGCAGGACUUGUUAGAUGCUACAAGGAUAUUAGUACCUCGUACUAGACCUAGUCCAGGAAGUGAUAGUGAAGCAGAAGACAUUGAACAUGCGGAAAAGCUCCGUCAAGUUAAAGCAGUUCUUGAAGAGGGUGGUCAUUUUUCUGGCAUUUAUCGGAAAGUUCAACUUAAGCCACUUAAGUGGGUUAAAGUUGCAAAGGCUGAUACUGAAGAAGAACGCCCCAUAGAAGCGCUCAUGGUUCUUAAAUAUGGAGGCGUUCUUACACAUGCGGGGCGGAAGCAGGCUGAAGAACUUGGCAGAUAUUUCCGCAACAAUAUGUAUCCUGGUGAAGGUACUGGACUGCUUCGCCUCCACAGUACAUAUCGGCAUGACCUUAAGAUUUACAGCUCUGAUGAGGGCCGUGUGCAGAUGUCAGCUGCUGCAUUUGCUAAGGGCCUCCUAGACUUGGAAGGACAAUUAACACCAAUACUGGUUUCACUUGUUAGCAAGGACUCGUCAAUGUUAGAUGGACUUGAUAAUGCCAGUAUUGAGAUGGAAGAAGCUAAGGCUAGAUUGAAUGACUUGAUAACGUCUGGAGUGAAGGCAGUGCAAGCAAAUGGAUCAUCUAAAAGACCGUGGAUGGUUGAUGGAGCUGGACUUCCACUAAAUGCUGCAGAGCUUCUACCUACACUGGUAAAGCUGACUAGAAAAGUUACCGAGCAAGUAAGACUACUAGCGAAGGAUGAAGAUGAGAAGCUUGCUGAGACAACCUCAUACGAUGUGAUUCCUCCGUAUGAUCAAGCAAGGGCACUUGGUAAGACAAAUAUAGAUGUUGAUCGUAUUGCUGCUGGACUACCUUGUGGAAGUGAGGGAUUUCUUCUGAUGUAUGCACGGUGGAGAAAACUGGAGAGGGACUUGUAUAAUGAACGCAAGGAUAGAUACGAUAUAACACAAAUUCCAGAUGUUUACGAUUCAUGCAAGUAUGAUCUCUUGCACAAUGCACAUCUUAAUAUAGAUGGACUGGAUGAGCUCUUCAAAGUUGCUCAGUUACUUGCUGAUGGUGUUAUUCCAAACGAGUAUGGUAUCAAUCCGAAGCAGAAAUUGAAGAUAGGCUCCAAGAUUGCUCGUCGUUUGUUGGGUAAAAUUUUGAUCGAUCUGAGGAAUACACGUGAGGAGGCCAUUAACAUUGCAGAAUUGAAGAGUCAGUGUCAAAGCUCAACCUCCAUUAAGAAUGUGAAAGAGCAUACAGAUCAUCAACCAAAGUUUGUUAUUAAGAACGAAGAAUCAAGAAGAACUAGCUUCACAAGUGAGAAGUCAAUGGAUCAGGAUGAAGAUGAUGACAAAGAGAUAAAAUACCGUUUGGAUCCGAAAUAUGCUAAUGUUCGGACACCCGAGAGGCACGUCCGGACCCGCCUUUACUUUACGUCGGAAUCACAUAUCCACUCCUUGAUGAAUGUUCUCCGUUACUGUAAUUUGGAUGAAUCUCUUCAAGGCGAGGACAGCCUUGUUUGUAAUCAAGCUUUGGAACGGCUUUUGAAAACAAAGGAACUUGAUUACAUGAGCUAUAUCGUAUUAAGGAUGUUUGAAAAUACUGAGGUAAAUUUGGAAGACUCAAAAAGGUAUCGUCUUGAGAUGACUUUUAGCCGUGGUGCAGAUUUAUCCCCCUUGGAGAAAAACGAUGAUGACGUUGAGGCAGCUUUGCUGCAUCAGGAGCACACGUUACCAAUAAUGGGUCCAGAAAGGCUGCAAGAAGUAGGGUCAUAUCUUACAUUGGAUAGGAUGGAACAGAUGGUUCGGCCGUUUGCGAUGCCAGCAGAAGACUUCCCCCCACCAACAACUCCCCAGGGGUUCUCAGGUUACUUUAAAAGUGCAGGGGUAUUGGAACGGUUGGUAAAUCUUUGGCCAUUCCACAAACAUGCAGCAAAUGGGAAUCAUGAGAAGUCAACAUCCAAAACUAGUUCUAAAACUAAAGAUAAAUCAAGUCUUGGAGGAGGAGACAGUUUUGGAACAAUCUGAUAUCCGUUUUGCAUCCAAAUUGUAGAUGUUACAUGCAAAAUGUUAUAUGCCAAAUGGACGGGCUUUUUGGUCACAAAAGAAAAAAAUAGGUAACUUUGUAUAAUCUGGUUUACAAAUUUUCUAAUGAUUAGGUCAGGCACACUGGCACGUGGUUUGCUCCUUUGUGAUGUUUCAGUUGGGCCGGAAUGGAUCUGGCAAUUUUUAAUUCGUAAAAUGAUUAUAAAAUUAGUUAAGAAGUGGGUUAAAUGGUCC